GCAGGCAUCUCGUGUUUCCGAUCGCGGGUAGCGGAGUCGUGCGGUAUUUUAGAUCCCGCUGCGUCUGCGCCUGCGCUGAAGGCCCCUUAUUCCCCCACCUCCACUCCCCCUCCCUUCCCCCACGAGGCAGGCGCCCCUCCCCCACUCCUUCACCGUUUCACCCCCUCCCCCCGCCCUAUCUCUAGACCUUGCCCCCAGCGGGGGUUCUGGAGCGGGACCAUGUUCACCAGCACCGGAUCUAGUGGGCUCUAUAAGGCACCUUUGUCAAAGAGCCUUUUACUCGUACCCAGCGCCCUUUCGAUUUUAUUGGCACUACUCUUUCAACAUUAUCAGAAUUUCUUUGUGUAUAAUCUACAAGCUGUAAAGAAUGAUUUGCAGGUCUGGAGAUUGAUAUGUGGAAGAAUAAUUUGCCUUGAUUUGAAAGAUACAUUUUGUAGUAGCCUGCUCAUAUAUAAUUUUAGAAUAUUUGAAAGAAGAUAUGGCAGCAGGAAAUUUGCAUCCUUUUUAUUGGGUUCCUGGAUUUUGUCAGCUCUGUUUGACUUGAUCCUUGUGGAAGCUAUGCAGUAUUCAUUUGGUAUCACAGCCAGUAACUUGCCUUCUGGUUUUCUCGGGCCUGUAUUUGCUCUGUUUGUACCAUUUUACUGCUCCAUUCCAAGAGUUCAAGUGACACAAAUUCUGGGCCAGUUUUCCAUCACAAACAAGACAUUGAUUUAUAUAUUGGGGCUACAGCUUUUAACCUCUGGUACCUACAUUUGGGUUGUAGCCACAAGUGGUCUGAUUGCUGGUAUGUGUUAUACCAGUAGUGUGUUAAAAGUUCAUCAGGUGCUUUGCGUACCCCGCUGGAUGGCAAAGUUGUUUUCUCAGACAUUUGAGCCCAUCUUCUCUUCUUCGGAGCCAGCCAGUGAAGUCAGAACUGGAAUGGGAGCAACUGUAGACAUUCAGAGACAGCAAAGAAUGGAAUUGCUUGAUCGUCAGCUUAUGUUAUCUCAGUUUGCACACAUGAGGCGGCAACGACAGCAACAGGGUGGGAGGAUUAACUGGAAUCGAUUUUUUCCUCAUAUACGUCAGAGACGGAAUGCAAAUGCUCGAGAUGUUCGACAGUCUGAACAAGAAGUAGCAACACCUCCUCUUGAGGUUUCUGAGGAGCAGGUUGCCCGACUCAUGGAGAUGGGAUUUUCUAGGGUGGAUGCUCUGGAGGCCCUGAGAGCUUCAAAUAAUGACCUUAAUGUAGCUACCAACUUCCUGCUGCAGCACUGAUGAGCCUGAGGAAUUCAGCUGACAUGGUUGCUUACCAUCUGAGGCAGAGGCAGCAUCUGCCUCCUGGAUGACAUUGAAAAAUCUUUACCAAAUGAAUCCAAGGCAACAAAGCCAUGUCUACAAAAACUAAGUUAUAAUGUUGGGUAGAGGGUAGGUAUGCCCUGCUGUUCCCAUGCCCUUAAACCCCAAGGUUGUUAUGAUUAUACUAUCCAAAAAUAAGUUUGUCAUUGAA